CAUUCCAGUUCAUUGUCUCAAGCGUCAAUUUGAUUAGGUUGAUUUUAUGGUGCUCUUUAAAAGCCAGAAUUGAUAAUUACUGAAGUCAUAUAAUAGUCAUGCAUAGCUAGCUGCUCAACUCAUUGACAUAAUUAUACUACAUAAAGUGCCACUAUAGUGAUCUGACUACUGAGAAAAUAAUGCUUUCCCUUAUACAUAAUUUUGGUCUAAAAACUCAAGUUGUGCAUGCAAAAAUGAUUACAUUACUUGCACACAUGGUGAAGAACAACAUAAUUAUGAACAUGCCAUGCAUGCAUAGUUAUACACAUGCAUUCCUUGACAAUUAUUUUUACAUUCUUUUGAGACAUUAUAAUAUUAUCAGCCUCUUUUAUACCUUGAGUAUAGCUAACUUCUUAGGGCACUUGGCACUUGCCCUCUUCCUCUCUGCAGUUCCACAUUCCAUUGGCCAUUUAGUAUAAUCACCUUUUAGCAGCUCCUUGAGAAUCUUUGAUGAAUUGUCACCCCAAUCAGAUUCUUAACCGAGAAAGGUGAUAAGUGAAACUAUUCUUUCAUGUACUCGAAUUUGGGCUCAUUCUCUGCAUUCCAUCUGAACCAAGUAGUGAUUUUAAUGUAGAGCUUCAUAGCACAAAGCUAGUUUGUCACUUUGUACUGAAAUUGAGUCAAUUAAAUUCUGCUAAGCAGCAGUUCAGUCUGUCACAGUUUCAGCUCAGAAACAAAACAUUUUUACCAAGUGAAGAUAGCAACUUUCUAAUAGUGAAAAAUCAAGUGCUGUUUGCAAGUUUCUAUGUUGCAUAGAGAAGUGAAGAAGCUCUCUCACACAUACAGUUUACAGAGCUUGCAUAAAUUAGUUAGCAAAUUAGCCAAGUAUGGAUAGCCACCAGUCGACAUCAGACGACAGUUUGAAGUCUCUACGCAGUCCAAACCCUCAACACAGCGAGAGUUUACUCAACAGUGAAGUACUCUCAGGCCUACCUAUAGUCGAUGAAGUGACUGUUACAACUGAGACGUGCCUCUCAGCUAUUAUUAGUAGCAGCUUGCAAGUAGUCAGUGGGACUCCGCUUGAAGAUGCCGAAGACCGUUGUGGUGAUCCUGGGGAGUGCAAAAACAGUGAUACUGGUGAUGCCUGCAAUACAGUAGAAGACAAAACUACCCCUUCUCCUGAGCAGACCCGGUUGAGUGAUGAGCUGGGAGAAGAUGAUCUGAUGAACGUGGCUCGAUCUACAGACAAUGAAACAAACAAGUGGCGAAGGUUACUCCACAGGAAGAGAGCCUGCAGUGAGGGUACUAUAAGCUGUCUUCAAACUGAGCUCCCUCAUUCUCCACCACUCUUGUCCGCCUCCUUUGCUCAUUCUACUGUGACAUCUUCACAGGCACAGAGUGUCUUGACAUCAGAUGAGCAACUCCUUGCGUCCACACAGGCCAAAACCCCCACAUCCUCACAGGGGCCUACCCUCACACUUCUCUCACAACCGACAAACUCCAACAACAGCAACAGCUGUGAAGGCAAUGUGAUCUCCCCUUCCAUCCUACCUUCGGCCACUGCAGCACUCUCUAUAGGGGAACUCCCACGUAAACGAGCUAAGCUUGUAAAGCAUGGACAGAUCGAGGUCAUCCUCGAAGGAAAGAACCUGUGGGACGAAUUCUACAGAAGAGGAACUGAAAUGAUUGUCAACAGACUUGGAAGGCGCAUGUUUCCUGGAUUUGCAGUAGCAGUGAGUGGACUUAAGCCCAAGGCCAAGUACACGAUGAAAGUCGAAGUAAUCCUGGCUGACAACCAUCGAUUCAAGUUUCUGAAUGGUCGUUGGUUAGCAGUUGGCAAUGCUGAGCCGCAGCCACUGAGUGAGACAUACAUCCACCCUGACUCCCCUAACACUGGAGCCUUCUGGAUGAGGCAUGGCGUGUCCUUCAGGAAACUCAAGGUCACUAACAAUAAGGAGAAGCCUGGAAAUAAUGCUCUCAUCUACUCGAUGCAUAAGUACUAUCUGCGGCUAAUUAUUGAUGAGGAGUUUAAGGCACCUGCAGGGCAGAAAAUCCCUCCCAAGAAUGUACUGCAGAUGGACUUUCCUGAGACCAGCUUCAUUGCUGUAACCGCUUACCAGAAUGAGGAGGUCACUCAACUCAAAAUCACCAACAAUCCGUUUGCAAAAGCUUUCAGGGAGAAUGCUGCUGAAAUGGACUGGGAUAUGAUGUACCAACACAAUGGGAUGUAUUCACCCAGCUUGCAUCCGGAUAUGUACGGCAACCACCCCCACAUGAUGCAGGGUGGUAUGUGGCCGGGACACUCUCCAAUGCUCCCCCCCACUCCUCUUACAUCCACCCUCCCCCCCUACUCACCCCUCACUGGGAUAUCCCCUAAUCAAGGGGUCAUGAGCUAUCAACAACACUAUCAAUAUCCCUCCAACAUGACCCCCACAGCCUUCCCUGGGGCUACCAGCUCAGUGCCUGGGGCAGGCGGCUAUUUCCAAUGGCCUCAGAUUGGAGGACAGCAUCACAGAAAUACAGCUGCAGGCUCAGCUACUACCCAAGUCAUUGUGACGCCCGUCUCCAGUGCUCCCUCGCUGACACACCGCGACUCCGGCUUCAAUCAGUACUCUGUGCCUUACGCUGGAGCCCCCAUACACCCGCCCUCCUCCCACCACCUGACACACAGUACUCUCCCAGACUUUGAUAGUGCUUUUACCUCCUCUAUAGGACACAACUAGCUACUCAUGUUUCUAUUAUGUGCAUACCAUUUCAUGUAGUUCGUUUUUGUGCUUGUUGCACAUUUCAGCCCCACCCACUUUCUUGCAUGGUGACGUAAUUUAUUUGCCAACAAGAUGGAGUUGUAUGUGAUCAAAGUGAACUGAGCCAUUUCAUUGCGAUUCUGUGCCUACAAGCAGUCCUAUAUAUACAUGAGAGAGCUAGUUGCAGUAUACACCCAGAGCUGAGUGUUGACCAUGAGCUG